AUGCAACUCAUCGCACAUGUUGUUCGCUUUGAUGCCGCGCUACAAAUCAAAGAUGAGAAAGGAAAAAAUACCGAACAUUAUUUGUCAGGGCGAUAUAGAUGUUCAUUAAGAAUAGUCAAGCAGCAGGGUGUUAAUGUCUUUAACAAAAAGAGGCUCUCAUCAAUAGCUGAGAAGAAUAUCCAUGAUUUAGAUGAGAGAAGAAAAGAUUGUGAAAUGAUAAAUGAAACUGAAUCCUGGAAGAACCUUGACAUAAAUAUGAAACGGGAUCUAUGGUAUUUAUUUUAUGACAAUCAGAAGCAUGCGUCUAUUUGUGACACUCUGAGAGACAUUUGCGGUAAUUGUUUGGUGCGAAUUGCUUUUAUGUUUUAUGCUGUGUCACCACAUCGACAACAAUGA